CUAAUGGACUGCAGACAUAGUACAGGAGAUGACCAGAGACUGCGGACAGUACAGGGAUGACCAGAGACUGCGGACAGUACAGGGAUGACUGCUGACCUUUGGGGAGGUGGGGAGCGGGUACCUGAAUUUGACAGGUACCCGCUCUUACUUCCGCAGAGUUUUUCUUUGAUAUUACCUGUUCCUCUAUCCAGCCGCGCGCUGUCUACCCGGCUUCUGUAGUGUGGGCGCUCGGCGCGCAUGCGCGAGAAGCGCUGCGCUUUGUGAUUGGUCCGGCGGCUUCUGGGAUCUGUCAUGUGUCCCAGGUACCG